AUGGAUAUUCACGAUGAUCCUAACGAUGAGCAUCUUGCCAGUUAUGACAUCCAGCUUUGUAUUCAGGAAUCCAUUGAAGCGAGUCAGGCCGUGUUCCACCCUGAAAGAUCGGUCCAACUAAGUGACCAAAACAGAAAGCUUGUGGAGGCCAUCAGGCAAGGUCACAUUUUUGAGCUCCAGGAGUAUGUGCUACAUAAAUAUGCCCUGGAAGAAGCGGACGAGAAGGGGUGGUUCCCAUUGCAUGAGGCUGUGGUUCAACCCAUUCAGCAGAUACUUGAGACCGUUCUGGACGCAUCCUAUAAGACACUCUGGGAAUUCAAGACCUGUGAUGGAGAAACGCCCUUGACUCUGGCAAUCAAAGCUGGUCUGGUGGAAAAUGUCAAGACGUUGCUAGAAAAAGGGGUAUGGCCCAACACCAAAAAUGACAAAGGAGAGACACCUCUUCUGAUUGCUAUAAAACAGGGCUCCUAUGACAUAGUAUCUGCACUGAUUAAAUACAACACCAGCCUUGACCAGCCCUGUGUCAAGAGGUGGUCAGCAAUGCAUGAAGCAGCGAAGCAAGGCCGCAAAGAUAUUAUCACUCUGCUCCUGAAUCACAGAGGCGAUGUCCACCUGAGAGAUGGCUUUGGAGUCACGCCCUUAGGGGUCGCCGCUGAGUAUGGCCACUGUGAUGUGCUGGAGCAUCUUAUUCACAAAGGUGGUGAUGUGUUUGCUUUGGCGGAUGAUGGGGCAUCUGUGCUAUUUGAGGCAGCAGGAGGUGGAAACCCUGAUUGCAUCUCCCUCUUGCUGAAAUACGGAGGAAGCGGCAACGUACCCAACAGGGCGGGGCAUCUUCCCAUACAUCGAGCUGCCUAUGAGGGACAUUAUCUUGCUCUGAAAUAUCUGAUCCCAGUAACAUCCAAACACGCAAUUGAGAAAAGUGGCCUAACCCCAAUUCACUCAGCAGCCGAUGGACAAAAUGCCCAGUGCCUCGAACUGCUCAUUGAAAAUGGUUUUGAUGUCAACGCCCUGCUCGCCGACCACAUUUCCCAGAGCUACGAUGACGAGAGAAAGACUGCGCUGUAUUUUGCGGUCUCUAAUAAUGAUGUCCACUGCACUGAAGUCCUUCUGGCUGCAGGGGCAGACCCUAACUUAGAUCCCCUCAACUGUCUCCUCGUGGCAGUGAGGGCCAAUAGACAUGAAAUUGUCCGGCUGCUCCUCUCCUACGGGGCUAACGUCAACUGUUACUUUAUGCAUGUGAAUGACACGCGCUUCCCCAGUGCCAUUCAGUACGCCCUAAAUGAUGAGAUCAUGCUGAGACUGCUGCUGAACAAUGGUUACCAAGUGGAGCUGUGCUUUGACUGCAUGCACGGAGACAUCUUUGGGAACUCAUUUGUGUGGUCAGAGAUAGAGGAGGAGGGACUGCCGGGAUGGACGUCUUGCGUAAUAAAAGAUAAUCCGUUCUGUGAGUUCAUUACAGUUCCGUGGAUGAAGCACCUGGUGGGCAACAUUGUCCGCAUACUGAUAGAUUACAUGGAUUAUGUCCCUCUGUGUGCAAAACUGAAGUCUGUGCUAGAAGUACAGAGAGAAUGGCCCGAAAUCCGCCAAAUAAUAGAGAAUCCUUGCUCACUGAAGCAUCUGUGCCGAUUAAAAAUUCGCAGAGCUAUAGGACUCCAGCGACUCUGCCAGCCAGCCUCCAUGGAGAAGCUUCCUCUCCCAGCAGCGUUGCAAAGAUACUUGUUAUUUAAAGAAUACGAUCUCUACGGACAAUAGCUGAAGCUAAUAUAACCUUACAAUUAUAUUUUCAAAUGUGAUUCUUAAAGUAUUUUUUUAAAAAAAAACUGUGAUUCCCCUGGA